AUAUAUAGAACUGAGAAGAAAAGGCCUACAAACAUCUUAAUUAUUGUUUCAUUCAUGUAUAUUAUGGCAAGUGUUGUUAUGGUUCCUUUCCAAACCCGGUUACUGAAGAAGCAUGUCCUUAGAGGGCAUUGCCAUACAAAGUCAGCAUCAUACCCAAUGAUACGGAAUGAGAAAAAAUCCUCAUUCAGAUACAGAAGCACUGUUGAUGUUCCUCUUUAUGAGUUGCCUGGGGCUUCCUUUGAUCAAUAUAUGGAUGACAAGAGCAGAGUCUUCAGAACAAUGUUUCCUGACCAAAAAACAAUGGAACAGCUCAAUGAGGAAGAGUGGAGGAUCAAAAUGCCCCCCAUACAAUUCUUAUUCUGGAGUUUCCACCCAGCAGCAGAUGUCAGGUUAUCACUCAAGUCUAAUGGGGAAGAUUACCCACCUAACAUUCCACAUCAUGUGACCAAAAUUAUUGAGCUUAAUUUUAAAAGGUGGGAGCUGCAGGGCCUCAGUAAUGGUAUCAUCGAUCCUGAUGAUUUUAGCCUAGAUUUUAGAAGUGCUAUUUAUCCAGAAAGGAUGAGAAAAAGUAGCUGGCUUAAGAAUCAAACGGAGAUGCAUAUAAGCUUUAGUGUCACUCCAGCAAUCACUUUAAUCCCUGAAAAUAUCAUGCAGGAUGCCAUAGAGUUGGUUUUCAAAACCAUAUUGGAUGAAAUGAAGGAGGAAUUAAUCGAAGACAGAUUAUUAGUAGAUUAUAACAGUUUCAAGAGAAGCAAGCUCCAGAAGAUUUCAGUCCAGUAGACAUGCUGUUCCAUUCAUCUAUUUGUUGAAUCCAUUGGCAAUAAUACCAUUCAUUUUUCAACUGCAUGUAAAUCCUGAGUAACUCUCAUGAAUCUUUGUAAAGGAAAAUAUGAUUCUGUUACCUCAUCUUUAAUUGCUUACAAGUUGUUACCACUCUUCUUUUCAAAA